AUGAAGUCAGCUGCAGCACAGCCCAAAACAUCAACUAGGACAGUAUCUUUGACAGCCGUUCUAGUGACAAUUGUGGUUUUUGUUUUCUAUUCGGCUUAUGACGCUGGCGUUCGUCAGAACGGACUGAUAGGCAGUAGCAGUAAGUAUAGAGAGCCAGAGGGAUUAAUUGGUAGUGAGAGUAGCGAACGGGUAGACAGGGAGACAGAGAUUGGGUACGAUAAGAAGGGUGGUUCGGAUAUGAGCAAAAGCGUCCAUAGCAUGAGGACGACGCUCACGCCAACGUCACCAAAUUUGCGAAGUGGACAGCGUUCAUUGACGACGACCAGUAUUCUAUCGAAUGUGGGUGGUGAAUUAUAUGCACCCAAGCCUACGGUGCACACACAGCUGGUUGGAAAUAACAUGGUGUUAACGGGACCAAGAAGCGGUGGUAUGAAGAAUGAGUUUAUGCCAGCGAUUGCUUUUCAAGAGAUUUUGAACACUUCGCCGGUGGUGGUGUUUGCAAAGGGCAUGAACCGUGACUCUGAAUAUUUGAAGAACUUAUUGCAUGCUGAAUAUGAAGUUACGCCAGAGAUCGCGAUUGUCGAUCUUAUGAAACAUGACCAAGGAGACGAAUUACAAAAGUAUAUUAUGCUGAACAAGCUGAAUACGUAUAAUACGCACUACGACGCGUCUGAUGAUAUACCGGAUGUGCCAUAUCUAUUUAUAAACGGAGUGUCUGUUAUUAACGUUUCUCUUGAGAAGGAUAUCAAAUUACAGCAUACGAGCGGCCUACUAAUUGAAAAGUUGAGAUCGUUCGCGGGGGAGAAAGUGAAGUUUAAAAGAUUAAGUCCCCCUUCUAACAGCUAG